AAAAUUUUCACCAUUCAAGUUUCGUCUCGAGCUCAAAUUUUUCGUCAAAUCCAACCAUCCAGUAACUCAAAAUUCUAGUGAUAAACCCAAACUAACUCCACUUUCACAAUGAGAGAAUGCAUUUCGAUUCACGUAGGCCAAGCCGGCGUCCAAAUAGGCAAUUCUACAUGGGAAUUGUUCUGUUUGGAGCACGGCAUCCAAGCCGACGGCUCGAUACCCGACUAUCUGACAGAGAACGCCUUCGGCACCUUCUUCAACGAAGUGGAAAGCGGCAAAGUGGUGCCCAGGGCCCUAAUUUUCGACCUGGAACCCAGCGUAAUAGACGAAGUCCGAACGGGAAGGUUCAGGAAGCUGUUCAACCCCGCGCAGCUGAUCUCCGGCAAAGAGGACGCGGCCAACAAUUACGCCAGAGGCUUCUACAGCGUGGGGAAAGAUAUGCUCGAGAGCGUGCUGAACACCGUGAAUAAAAUAGCGGAGAAUUGCAACAGCGUGCAGGGAUUCUUCUUCUUCCACUCGUUCGGAGGCGGUACUGGAUCCGGCUUUAGCUCGCUGUUGAUGGAAAAACUGUCUGCAGAUUUCGGAAAGAAGAGCAAACUAGAAUUCGUCGUCUACCCUGCUCCCCAAGUAUGCACAGCCGUAGUAGAACCUUACAAUGCAAUACUAACGACCAACGCGACCCUAAACCUAGCAGACUGCGCCUUCAUGGUGGACAACGAAGCCAUCUACGACAUCUGCAGGCGCAAAUUGAACAUCGAACGACCCGACUACCUCAACCUAAACAGGCUGAUCAGCCAGGUGAUAUCCUCCAUCACCGCCUCGCUGCGGUUCCAAGGCGUGCUGAACGUCGAUUUGAACGAAUUCCAAACCAACCUGGUGCCGUUUCCGCGCAUCCACUUCCCCCUCGCCUCGUUCGCGCCCAUCAUGUCCAGAGACAAGGCCUUCCACGAGGUGAUGUCGGUGGGCGAGAUCACCUCCGAGCUGUUCGAUCCGCACAACAUGAUGGUGAAGUGCGACCCGCGCGAGGGCAAGUACAUGGCCUGCUGUCUGCUCUACCGCGGCGACGUGGUGCCCAAGGAGAUCAACCAGGCCAUCGCGCAGAUGAAGUCGAAGAGCGACGUCCGGUUCGUCGAUUGGUGCCCCACCGGGUUCAAGGUGGGCAUCAACUUCCAGCCGCCCACCGUCAUCAAGGGCGGCGAUUUGGCGGGCAUCCAACGGGCCGGCUGCAUGCUGUCCAACACCACGGCCAUCCAAUCGGCGUGGAAGAAGCUGAACAGGAAGUUCGAUUUGAUGUUCGCCAAACGGGCCUUUGUGCAUUGGUAUGUGGGUGAGGGUAUGGAAGAAGGUGAAUUCAACGAAGCGAGAGAAAAUUUGGCGGCGUUGGAGAAGGAUUACGAAGAAGUGGGAUCGGACUAUGUCGAAGUGGAGAGCAACCUACCAGCAGUCUCGCAUUAAGUAUGUUUUCAAAUAAGAACAAUAAAUU